AUGGGUCAGGGCACAUCAAAAUCAGAAAUUAAAAAACUAAUGGAAAAAACUACCUAUUCCAAAGAUCAAAUAAACCAAAUUUAUACAGAUUAUUCUUGCUAUAUACACAAUGAUAAAGGUUUAACAUUUGACGAGUUUAAACAAUUCUUUUCAAUUCGUUUUAAAGAGUAUGAUGAGGAGUCAUUACUUACAAUGUUUAAUUUAUUUGAUUCAGAUAAAAAUGGUAACAUUAAUUUUAAAGAGUUUGCAUGUGCAAUUUUCAUAAUUACAAGAUCACCAGUCGAAGAAAAGCUAUCAUUUUUAUUUGAUAUGUUUGAUAGAUGCCCCAAAAAUGGGGUAUUGGAUAAUAGCGAAAUUAUAAGUAUAAUACAAUUGGCAAUUAAAACAGGUUCUUCAUUAGGUUUUGGUAUGAAAGAAUCAGGAUUGUUUGUAGAAAAUCUUUUAAAAAGUAUGGAAAGAGAAUCUAAUGGAGGGAUAUCAAAGCAAGAAUUCAUUUCAAAGGCCUCAAGUGAUGAUAAAUUCGUUAGAAUGUUAUGUUUAUAUGACCCAUUUGGCGAUUUAUUAUAUUAA